UGCCUCGGAAAGAACGCCUGAAGACUAAAUGGAACUUCACAACAUGGAGAAAGCUCUGAUGGAUAAGGUGGGACAACACACCGCGAGAGAGCAGAACCUGUUUGAGCGGGUCUUUCAGCCGUGUGUAGCUGAGCUGGUGGGGACCACCUUCUUUGUGUUCAUCGGAUGUGUGUCUGUAAUUGAAAACGUGGAGGAUGCCGGCAGACUCCAGCCUGCGCUGGCUCAUGGUCUCGCAGUGGCUGUACUGAUUGCAUGUAUGGCAGAGAUCAGUGGUUCUCAUUUCAAUCCGUCAUUCACCAUAGCCGUCUACCUCUGUGGUGGAAUGGAGCUGAAAAUGGUGGCACCGUACCUGAUCUCUCAGCUUAGCGGAGGUUUACUUGGUGCAGUCAUGGCCAAGGGAAUGACCUCAAAUGAGAAAUAUGCAAAAGCUCAAGGUGCGGCGUUCACGGUUCUCAAGGCUGAUGACUAUAUUGUGAAGGCAUUGUUUGGAGAGAUUGCCAUGACGUGUCUAGUGGCCUUGGUGGUCUUACUGGGUGCAGUUAAUGCCAAGAGCAAGAGUCCUUUGGUUCCAUUUUUGGUGGGCUGCACAGUCAUUAUUAACGUGCUCGCGGGGGGUGAUGUUUCUGGUGCGUGUUUGAAUCCUGCAAGAGUGUUUGGUCCUGCCGUGCUGACCAACUAUUGGACUCACCACUGGAUCUACUGGGUGGGACCCAUUACUGGAGGCCUUAUUGCUGCUGCAUUAGUCAGGCUGAUGCUUGGAGACAACAAUACCCGCCUACUGAUGAAGUAACAUUCAGUACAUCUUUCAAACAGACCUUCAAUUUUUAUUUUGUUAAUUCUCCUCUUUUAGGUACACAAGAAUGUAACUAAUUUGUAAUUCACAUUUCUUUACCAGAUAUAGGCCUAAUAGUAAUUUGUAAAUCCUGCUCUGCAAAGAUAGAAAUAUGGAAAGGAUGCUCAGGUAUUAAUAUUGAGAAUUUUACAUUUUAAAUUGGGAAUUUUUUUAAUUGAAAAUGUAUGUGAAGUGUUACUAACAUAAUCAAAUAAAUUAUAUUCACACUUUAAUUUACACACUCUAUAACUUUUAUAUUCAAGCACAUUAUUUUUAUGCUUUUCCAUGUGUUGGAAUUAAUCAGUAUAGCUAAUUAAAUAAAACUCUUCAACACAAAUGUCUCUCACAGAUUUCACAUAUUUGGAGAG